CGCCUAAUCCAUCGAGCAAACGAGCCGUAUGUGAUUUGAAGCAAUCGCAUUUCAUCUGUCAUCACGCUGCCGUCUAGCAGAAAAGUUUUGACGGAGGAGCGGCUGCGGCACCACCACAAUAAUCUCUUCUCAACUUAGAACGCGCAAUCGUCUUUCCCCCCACCAAAGCCACCGCCGGGACGCGGAAGCCGGAGAUAGUAGUACUCGAUACCAAUCACGCGGCCAGGAUUUCUCAUCUCCGAAAUCAUGACGGACUACGAAGGAGGAAGGUACGAAGCCGACGAUUUUAACAACAAUAUCAACAGCAACGGCGGCGAUGGCGACUACGCCGCAGCUGCUAACGCCAGCGCUGGCGUCGCUUCCCCUCAGCCACGAGGCAGUGGCCACGGCGCCGCGGAUGACUUGGGCGAUUCUAGAUCUCAGCAUGAAUCUCGGGACCGUGAAAGAGAAUCAUCAAAGAGUAGGGAAAAGGAAAGAGAUAGAAGGCGUGACAAAGAGAGGGAUCGAGACCGUGAAAGGGACAAGGAUAGGGAUAAGAGCAGGGACAGAGACAGAGAUAGGGAGAAGGACCGUCACCACCGUGAUAGAGAUAGAGACAGAGACAGAGAUCGGCACAGGGAUCGUAGUGAACGAAGGGAACGGGGUAGAGAUAGAGAUGACGAUGAGGAUCGUCCUCGAAGCCGGGAUUAUGAUAGGCGCAGAGAUCAUGAUAGGGACAGAGAAGAGAGACGCAUACGUAGCUCACGAUCUCAUUCCAGGGGUCGAUCUCCUUCUAAGGGUAGAUCUGAACACAGAUCAAGGUCACGCUCUCGGUCACGUUCUAAGAGCAAAAGACCUAGUGGUUUUGAUAUGGCUCCUGCUGCUCCUGCGAUGUUGCCUAUCCCUACUGUCACAGGUAUAUUUACAUUCGGACGAACUGAAAAUUGUCAUGUUUUCUUAACUGCUACUUCUGUUUUGGUUUGGUAUAGUGUGGAAAGUGCAUAUGCAAUUUCUUGGUCUCACUUGGUAAGCAGUUAUUUCCCCCUAUCUGUGCAUGUAGCUCUUUAGAGCUGUGGUUUUUAAAUGGGCUCUAUUAUCAUUAAUGCUUACUUUGGUAAUAAUUCUUGAACUGAGAGACGUUUUUGGUUUUUCUUGUGUUUGGUGUUUGUUUGUUUUUUCUUGUGUCUUGUCUCUUGUUGUAAGAAGGCAGUGCUGGCUACUUGUCCCACUGUGUUGACAAAUGGGUGUGAGCCGACUACUGUAGCUUAUAUGUAGAAGGAGGAAUCAAUGCACCGGUUUGAUGCUUCUUGUUCGUCUUCAACUGGUGACUAUUGCGUGUUUUGGUAGUUUGCGUAUAUAUCCUCCAGAACUUGAAUAAAUGAUGCAUUUAUGACUUACUGGGUAUACUAGACUAUUUUGCAGGCUUAGUCAUUUACAGGAUAUAGAACACCAUGUAUAUUAUGCAAUUUUGUCAAAGUUUACUCAUUUUAUUCAAAUUCUUGUUCUUAUACAGGCCAGAUUCCAGGGGCUAAUCCUGCCCUCGCUGGAAUGUUUCCCAACAUGUUUCCGCUUUCGGCGGGUCAGACAUUUGGAACACUUCCUGUAAUGCCAGUUCAGGCAAUGACACAGCAGGCUACCAGGCAUGCGCGGCGUGUCUACGUUGGAGGCCUUCCUCCUACAGCUAAUGAGCAGUCUGUUGCAACAUAUUUUAAUCAAGUCAUGGCAGCCAUUGGAGGAAACACAGCUGGCCCAGGUGAUGCUGUGGUAAAUGUGUACAUAAACCACGACAAGAAGUUUGCGUUUGUGGAGAUGAGAUCUGUCGAGGAGGCCAGUAAUGCAAUGGCCCUGGAUGGUAUUAUGUUUGAGGGAGCUCCGGUGAAGGUGAGGAGGCCAACUGACUACAAUCCAUCUCUAGCAGCAGCCCUUGGCCCUAGUCAACCAAAUGCCAACCUCAACUUAGGUGCAGUGGGUCUAACCCCAGGUUCUGCUGGUGGACUUGAAGGUCCAGACCGUAUAUUUGUGGGCGGCCUUCCCUAUUACUUCACAGAAGCCCAAGUUAGGGAGUUGUUGGAGUCUUUUGGGCCGCUCCGAGGAUUUGAUUUGGUAAAAGAUAGAGAAACUGGGAACUCGAAGGGUUAUGCAUUUUGUGUCUAUCAAGAUGUUUCAGUGACAGACAUUGCAUGUGCUGCUCUGAAUGGAAUUAAGAUGGGCGACAAAACGCUAACCGUUAGACGAGCCAACCAGGGUGCGAAUCAGGCUAAACCCGAGCAAGAGAAUGUCCUAUUGCACGCCAAACAGCAGAUUGCUUUGCAGAGACUCAUGCUGCAACCAGCACCUACGAAAGUUGUAUGCUUAACUCAAGUUGUCACCGAGGACGAGCUGAAAGAUGAUCAGGAGUAUGAAGACAUCUUGGAGGACAUGAGAAUAGAAGGCGGGAAAUUCGGUAACUUUCUUCAACUAGUUUUGCACACUGUUUGCCCCCCUGAAACGUGGAGUUCAGUGUAAUUAAUUUGGUUUGCUCUGUUUGUCUUGUAUGUCUGUUUUUUUUUUUGUACAGCCAUUUGUAGUCCCACAUUCUGCUAUAAAGAAUCAGGCCUUAACAUACAGACUGAAGACUUCAUUAUACCUCCAAUUUAUAUCCACUUUGAGAUUGUCUUAUUCCUUUUGUUUCAUUCCCUGAAAACUGAUGACAUGCCAUAUGUACGUUCACAAAUUAUACGCAGGUAAUUUGCUGAAUGUAGUCAUCCCCAGACCAAGCCCUGAUGGCGCUCCUUCGCCCGGAGUUGGCAAGGUGUUCUUGGAGUAUGCUGACACUGAUGGUGCUUCAAAAGCUCGAGCCGGCAUGAAUGGCAGGAAAUUCGGUGGGAAUCAAGUGGUAGCCAUCUUUUAUGCAGAAAACAGAUUCCAGGAAGGUGACUACGAUGGAUGAAAUGUGCUUCAUUAGUAUGUUAUUAGGUCAAUGAACCCUUUUGACGGGUUAGGAAGGUUGGAUGUUUGGUAACGAGGAGAACCCUAGGUUUGUUUUUCUUUUACCAUUUGUUUCCCCCCCAUUUUUCCUGAAUCAAAAAGAGUUGCUAGCAUUGAGAGAGUUGCUCAUUUUAGUUGCAGGAAUACAUUUGACUCUUGUGUUGAUUGGACCGCUUUAAAACGCUGUAUUUACUUCCCCAUUGUUGCCACGUACUGUCCAAAGCACGAGACGAUGCCGCCACGUGUCUGUCCGGCGACGGUGAGUCACCGACCGGUUUCCUCAAAAAUAAAUACACUUCUCUGGUUCUCCAUCCAGCCCAUUUUACUGCACGCGAGCAGAGCUGGAGGACACCAAAAUUAUCCAGUAGAGCACUGAGGAGGAUUAUAUUGGCAGCAAAAUGGGACAAGGCGAGGAGAAGAAGACCCGACCCGACUCCCCAGUCGAGAUUCUGGAGCGUGGGGAGAUAUUCUUCUUCUACAGACCGAGAGUGAACAGAGAAGAAGCUCACAGCCUCGACGACGUCCAGCGCCUCUUCAUCGUCCUCAGGCCUGAAUCCGGCGACCGACCCACCGAAGACAAGCAGGAACCCGACUCCGGCAAGGAAGGCUCCAAGCGCCGCCACGACUCCUCCUCCUCCCCGAGCGGCAGCAAGGAAGGUGGCCAUGGCGUCCAGAAAGUGAACAUCGAGAAGGAGCGGCUGAUGAGGUUCAUAGUCAUGGGGCGCAAAUCCCUUCCGGACCCAAGCAAGAACAAGGGCCGCCCCUUUUGGGGCUUCGUCGAUCUGGUCACCACCGACCUCGACCACGUCAAGGACGCUCUCAAAUCGAGUACGUACCUCGAUUUUUCUCCACUCCCCGUCAGUCAAUGUAGUCAAAAUCACGCUUUAAAUCUUAGCUAACGUUUUUACAUUGAAUCACAAUUUUCACUUAUAACCAUAGUCGGUAACCAAAACUUCUAUAUAGAAUCACGAUUUUAACUGCAUUGAUCUCCAUCGACUUUUCUCCCCGCAGGAGAUUACGAGACGGCCUCCGGGGGCAAGAGGCACGAGGCGGCGGCUCGAGCGGUGGGGGAAGGAGUGUACCGGAUUCUUCGGCACAACCCGGGGAGCAAGAAGAUGCACACGCACCUGGUCUACAAGCUGGAGCUGCCGGCGGCGGAGGGGAAGACGAAGAGCCACGAGCCGCAGGAGGCGCUCCACAUCGAGAGGGAAGGGUCGUUCGUGAUCCAGAUCAAGAACCCGGAGUCGGGGUCCGGGUCGGGUUCAGGGUUCGGUGGGCUUAGGGAGAAGCGGAGGGCCCAGUUCCCGGCCCACCUGCAGGGCGGGUUCGGAACCAGCAGGAGGUUCGGGCCGGCUGACCCGCCGGACCUGCUGAAUUAUGAAGGGUGCGAGUUUCUGAUGAUCGCGGCGGCGGACGAUGUGGAGGAGGAGCUGGGGUUGGAGCUGGAGGUGGAGAACGAGCGGUGGGAGGAAGAAGGGUCGUGUUCCGAUCUGGUGAAGGAGUUCGGCGACGUGGUGGCUCCGGCGCCGCUGUUGGAGGGCACUUGGGCUUGAUUUAGCUUCCUC